AUGGCAGCCCCCAUGAAGCCGCAAUCUCUUUCUUGCGUUUCAUGGUCCAAAUAUUUGUUUUAUUUUGCAAGUGAACAUUUAGACUUCAGACUUGCUGAAUUAGAAGCUAUAUCACAAGCUACAAAAUCAGAAGUGAGAUUUGAUGAAGAGUCAUAUGAUGUGAAGAAUCCAUUUCUGGUUGUUGAAUCACCAAGCAUUGAAUGUAUUCAUAGAAUUUUAUCAAGAUCUGUGCUACUUAGAUCUAUCCACCAACUGUUAGCUCAGGGAACCUCUACAGAAGAACUCCAUGAAAAUGUUAGGAAAAUGCCUAAAGAUCUCUUGGAUCCAUAUUCAAAACCUGAUCAAACAUUUGCCAUGAGAGUGGAAACAUUCAACAAAAAAAUACCCCAAAAAGUUAAAAUAGAAAAAAUAAAGGCUCUACCACUGGCUGAAUUAGGCUUUAAAGGGACAGUAGACUUAAAGAAUCCUGAUAAUGAAUUUCACCUAUUUGAAUAUUAUGGUUGGGAUUGUAAUAAUGCACCAGAUGAACCAUAUCACUCAUAUUUUGGAAGAAAGAUAGGUGAAGGUCAAAGAGAUAGAAUACAGGAAUACCAUCUACAAAAAAGACAUUUUAUAGGAAAUACAAGUAUGGAUGCAGGGCUUUCAUUUAUUAUGUCAAAUUUAGCUCAAGUUACUCAAAACUCUUUAGUUUUAGAUCCUUUCGUUGGAACAGGAAGUUUACUAGUAUCAGCAGCACAUUAUGGUGGUUAUGUAAUGGGAACAGAAAUAGACUAUUUAGUUUUACAUGCUAAAGGAAAACCUAGUCGAAGUAAACAGAAAGUGAGAGCUAUUGAUGAGAGUAUACAUGCCAAUUUAAAACAAUAUGGUUUAGAAUCUCAUUAUAUAGAUGUUAUAGUAGCUGAUUCUUCUAAACAAAACAUGUGGAGAGAUCAGUCUUAUUUUGAUGCCAUUAUAACAGAUCCACCAUAUGGUAUAAGAGAACCAGCUAAGAAAAUUCGAGCUGCUACAGAAGAUUAUAUUAUAACUGAUGAUAUGAAAGAUUGUCAUUAUCCACAGAAAGAGCAGUACGAACUAACAGAUAUAUUUAUAGAUUUAUUAAAUUUCGCAGCUAAAUAUCUUCAGUUAUAUGGUAGAUUGGUAUACUGGUUUCCUGUUAUUAGAGCACAAUAUUCAGAAAGCAAUAUACCUCAACAUCCAUGUUUUAAACUUAUAGCUAAUUGUGAACAACCUCUUAGUAUGAAAGUAGCUAGAAGACUGAUCACAAUGGAAAAGAUACAUCCAUAUAAGGAUGAUACAGCAGAAGCCAGAAUAGAUAUUGAUCAUUUCCAAGGGUCAUUUCGACAAAAAUAUUUUCACAAAGAAAAAGAAAUACCCAAUAAAACCAAUCCAUCUUGAUGAAUUUCAACAAAGUUCUAAAGAAGCAUUUUUAACUUUUGGUAGUGGAUUUGUAUUAUGAAGCAGAACUGUGUCAAGUCAAAGGAUCAUAUCAUCAGAGAUGAUGUAUAGAGAAUGUUUUUCUGUGAUACUUGAUUUUAAAUGUUUGUAAAUAUAAAUUAAAGUUAUAUGUCAAUCUC